CACGGCAGCUAACAGUUUUACGGCAGAAUAUGAUCACACGUGUGUCCGCGCAUGGAGCCUUGCGGAAAUCUAUACACGUUGCUAAAGUUGUAUCGCAAAUCUCUUAUAAUAUAGCUGCUUUUGCACACAUUUCGGUGUUUUAUAUGAUAUAUUAAAAAAAAAUUGCCAUUGUGACGUUCUGUGAAAGUGCUUCGCUUGGAAUUGAUGCUGUUUUGACACUCGGAGAUAAUUUUGAAGAAUGUCGUUCAGAGGAGGCGGAGGACGAGGUGGAGGAUAUAAUAACCGGGGAGGUGGAGGAUAUAAUAACCGAGGAGGCGGUGGAGGAUAUAAUAACCGAGGAGGUGGUGGAGGAUAUAAUAACCGAGGAAGCUUCGGCGGCCGCGGUGGGGGUCGCGGUGGCUUCCGACAGCAAGACUAUGGACCCCCUGAAUAUGUUGUUGAUUUAGGAGAGUUUAUGCACCCCUGCGAGGAUGACAUCGUGUGCAGGUGUACAACUGUAGAAAACAAGGUUCCCUACUUCAAUGCGCCGGUCUACCUGGAAAACAAGGAGCAGGUCGGGAAGGUGGACGAGAUCUUCGGACAGCUGCGCGACUUUUAUUUUUCCGUCAAGCUGUCUGAAAACAUGAAGGCGUCUUCGUUUAAGAAAUUGCAGAAGUUUUAUAUAGAUCCGAUGAAGCUCCUUCCGCUGCAGAGGUUCCUGCCCAGGCCGCCUGGCGUGAAGGGUCCGCCGAGAGGAGGCCGAGGCGGGGGUCGAGGCAGAGGGUCGGGAGGUGGUCGCGGAGGUGGGUUCCGGGGCGGAAGGGGAGGCGGUGGCAGAGGCGGCGGCUUCGGAGGAGGCGGGAGAGGUGGAGGAUUCGGAGGCGGCGGGCGCGGAGGCGGCGGCGGCUUCAGAGGAAGAGGAGGCGGAGGCGGGCGUGGGUUCAGAGGUGGCAAAUGAGCUGCUGUGGGUCCACAGUUUAUCCCAGUCCUUCCUCUAUGAGGGUUAUAAAGUUGGACAUUAUCUCUUUGGGUGGAUUUGUUUUCAUAAAUACAUUUUUUUUAACACUCGU